AUGCCCAAGGGAGCACACCUGCACAUCCACUUCAAUGCUUGCCUUCUACCUAACGUCCUGAUCGACAUCGCCAAGGAUAUGGACCGCAUGUUCAUCACGAGCAACAUUCCGUUGAUCCAGAAGGAAAAUUACGACAAAUGCGAAGUUCAGUUCGCAAUACUGUCUCCCGAAAAGGAAAACCCCGGAGAUCUCUUUGAUCCUUCAUACAUAAAUCGUCAGACCAUGAGGUUCAAAGAUUUUAUUGACGAAUUCCCGAAGUACUACCCAGAGCAGUGUAUACGAAAGGGUAUAAAUGAUGAAAAUAGUUGGGUCAAAGAUUGGCUCAUUGACAAGCUCGUAUUCAAUGCGGAAGAAGCACAUCACUGGUUACAAACGGUGAACGGUGCCUGGGAGAAAUUCAAUGGCCGAACACGAAUGAUGAAAGGGCUCUUCAAUUACGAAACAGCCUGUCGUAGGUACACCAGGCUGUGCUUGCAGGAGUUUGUCAACGAUAAUAUCCAAUACGCUGAGAUUCGGCCAAACUUUAUGAAGACGAAUCAGCUAUGGUCAGACGAUGGCACGAGACGGAUCGACAAUUUCGCCAUCAUGAAAAUCAUUAUAGAUGAGUACGACCAAUUCCAGCAGGAAACAGACGACUACUUCGAGGGCCUCAAAGUCAUCUACUGUACCCCUCGUUCAUUCUCGAAGGAAGAUGUCAGAUAUUCCCUGGAUGAAUGUCUGCGAUUUAAGAUGUCAUGGCCAAAAUGGAUUGCUGUGGGAGAAGAGAACAAAGGGCACCCGCUUAGAUACUUCAUCGAGGAAUUCCUCGAGUUUCAGGAGAACUGUGACAAGAAAGGGCUAGACAUUCCUUUCCUCUUUCAUUGCGGCGAAACACUGGAGAUGGGUAACGACACCGAGAGGAAUCUAGUGGACGUUUUGCUCCUCAGGUCCAAGCGAAUCGGUCAUGGAUUCGCCUUGGCACGCCAUCCGUACAUCAUAGAGCGCAUGAAGCAAGAAAAUGUCUGCCUUGAGGUUUGCCCGAUUUCCAAUGAGAUUCUAGGCCUGACACCACGGACGAACGGGCAUGCCAUGUAUAACCUCCUGGCGAAUGACGUCCAUUGA